AUGCGAUUCAUUUUGCCGAUAUUGGCUUUCUUAUCCUAUUCAAACGGCAACCCACCUCCACAGUUUGAUCAGUGUCUCUCAAUUAAAGGAAUAGGAUUACAAAAUUUCAAUAUAUUCACUUCACCAAAUUUUCCUGAUAGGUAUCCACCGAAUGUCGACUGUGUUCGAGUAAUUCAUUCUCGUCCACAGCACGAUGUCAUUGUUAAAUUUCAUCAUGUAUUCCAAAUCGAAUCAACGUACGACAAAAUAGAGGCAGGAGAAGAGUGCCCCAAUGAUUUCAUUGAAUUUCGUGAUGGCCGCUACGGGUUUUCUCCGCUUAUCGCUCGGUUCUGUGGUGAUCGAAUGCCCAAAAGAGAAAUUAGAGCAGUUUCGGCAGAAUAUGCUAUAGUUCCGAGUAAAACCGGACGCUUUAAUAACCAUGAAUGUCUUCUGGAAUAUCUCAAUGGAUUAGAUGGAUUCAUUCGAACCAAAGAUUUGAUGAAAAAUCUUCCACAAAAUGCAUCUGGAACACUCGAUUGUGUGUGGCGUCUUGCAGUUCCCAGUAACUUUCGAAUCGCAUUUUAUGUGAAAGAAUUUGCUCUAAAAGCACCAAAUCAAUGCGCUCAAAACUUUGUCGAAGUUUAUUCGGGAGACACAUCAGAUAAGCCGUUAAGAAGAUUUUGUGGUCUGUCAGCGAAUGAUGUCUUCUCUCCAUCCAAUGAAAUGUUUGUUCGAUUCUAUCUGUCUGAUGUUCGAAGUCUCAAUAAUACUUCCAUAUCUGCUCUUUUUUCGUCAUAUACUAGAAUGAAAAAUUGCACACAAGAAGGCCUUUUUGCGUGUGGAGAUGAAAACUGCGUUCCAAAGUCUUUGGCAUGUAAUGGUCGUCCAAACUGUCCAUAUGGACGAGAUGAGCGUGUGUGUUCAGUUGGUCAAGACACCAUAUUCAACUUUUUAGCCAGUGGAUUCGCUCCUCUCGUCUCAAUUAUUCUUAUAGUGCUUAUUGUUGUAUCGCUGAUAUGUUUCUACACUAUUCGAAAGAAUCACUGCGGUAAGUCAUACAAUUUGUCCUUUCAUGAACAUCACUUUCAGCUCUUCCUCCUCUAUGAAACGGGCAAACAGGACAAUUCUCAUCGUCAUAAUUAA